GCCCGCGGGCGCCCCCAGCCCCCUGGACGAGCUCAGCAGCCUCUUCAGCUCGGGCCGCAGCGUGCUGCGCAGGUCGGCGGCCGGGCGCAGGAUCCGGGAGGCCGGAGGUUUUGAAACUAACCUGAACCUAACCAGCCAGCAUGAUGCCAGUACAUCAGAAAUCACUUCGGAGACUCAAGAUAGAAAUGCAAACAACCACGGAAUUCAAUUCUCUAAUUCACUGCCCAGUGCUGUAACUGCAGAAAAUGGAAAUUCUGUCUCAAAUGGUCUCGCUGAGGAUGAUGGGUACUCGAGGGUGUGUGUGAGCAGCACAGGGACGUCGUCGUUCCAGAGACAUCGGGAGGGUCACACCACUCAGGUCAUCCACCAGCUGCGGCUCUCAGAGAAUGAGAGCGUGGCCCUGCAGGAGCUGCUGGACUGGAGGCGGAAGCUCUGUGAGGAGAGAGACUGGCAGCAAGUCCUGCAGCACCACGAGCCUCGAGCGCCCCCGCCGCCCCCCUGCAAGAAGCCCACCCUCCUAAAGAAGCCGGAAGGGGCCUCCUGCAGCCGCCUGCCCUCCAAACUCUGGGACACUACCAUCUGAGUGGCCUCGACUGCAGACACAAGGACACAGGCCGCCUUGAGGGACAUGCUGGGCCUUCUCCCAGUGCAUUGAUCAGAAAAAGCACAGGACAUGGACACUCCGAUAGGACACAUUUCCUGUGUGCGUGUGUGUACGCGUGCGUGCGUGCGUGCGUGUGUUUUCUUCCCUGUUCUGUGGCUUUCAGGCUCCACAUUUUUCGGGCUGCACUACCCGAAGGUAGGGACAGAAAAGCCAGGGCUCAAGAGAUGAGGAGGGACAAUGGCAGGGAGCAGUGACAAAGGGCCCACAGGGGUCUGGGCACAGGCAUUCCCUAGAGCUCGAUGGCGACGCGGUGUUGUCCAUGCCGUGGUUUUAUGCUGACCCUGUGCACAGGACUCAUUUAUUUAGUUUCUCUGUGGGUGUUUGUAUUCUGUUCAAAUUCCAGCCCCGAUAAUCAUUUACACAUGGAUGACUGUGUUUUAUAACUUGAUUCAAUUGGUGGUGCUCCCUUUAUUCCAAAUACAGAUUUUAAAAUGCCAUUUCUAGGUUUUUUUCCUCCGCACAUGUUGUUUUUUUAACCUAAAGUAUCCAGUCCCCUGGGGACCAUGUUGUUGCUUAGCUUUGCAGUGUCGCCGUGGGCAGACCCUGUGGUGUUUUAGACUCCGCUGUCUGUAGGGACAACUCUGGCCCUCAACAGCCUCCGCUUUCGGCUAAGUGGCGUGUGUGCCCCUCAGAAGAACCCCCACCCUGCCCAGCUUUGGCGUAGGCUCCAGGAAGUUGACAGUGCUCAGCCACAUAUGUGUGGCUUCAAGUUCACUGCCGAUGGUGCAGAAGGUCAUCCCAAGGUCACGCAGUGUGGAUGGAGGGCUUGGCCGCUGGUUGGAGCCGCGGUGCUGCAUGAUCCUCAGACCGUGUCCCCUUCCUUCUGUCCCCCAGUGGCUCUGCUUCCGCUUCUCUGUGCACUUCUGUCCCCUGGGGACUUCUCAGCAGUGGCUCUAGACCACCUGUCUUGCUACUUGGAACUUUUUAUUCAUACCAGCCUUUGGGACACAGCUCUGCCAAUAAAAGGGUGCAAUUCCA